AUGGGAAUCACCGUUUCUCCAUUGACAAGGAUCAUCUCUUUAUCAGGGUUUCUGGCCCUUGGAUUUCUACUGGUAAUACUGAGCUGUGCCCUUUUUCACAACUACUACCCUCUUUUCGAUAUUCUUCUAUUUCUGGCAGCCCCAGUGCCUAAUGCACUUUUCAGCAAGCGCAAUUUCGAUUCGAGCGAUUUUAUGAGCGAUGCCAGUGGCGGCGUCGAAGAUGUGGGCUACUUUUUCACCGGACUGCUUGUUACAAGCGGGCUGGCUUUGCCUACGGUGCUGUACCAUUGUCAAUUGAUCAAUCAUUACAGCUGUAUCAUGAGCACACUUGGGGGUGUCAUUAUCUAUCUUAGCAUAGUGGUGUUUUCCUGGUUUUUCAACGCUGGUUGGGAUGACGAGGAAGACGGAAUGUUUGGCUACUGA